UGGCCGCGGGGGUGGAGAGCCAUGGCGGGGCGGAACCCGGGCACCGAGCUGGAACUUGGCUGGAUCUCAAAAGUGUAUGUGAAUCGACCUGCAGUUGUGAUGCAUGCAGAACAAAUUAAAAAAUGGAAAACUUUGAAAGGUAAUUGGCAAGCUGCUUGGCUGCUGAAAGCUGUCACCUGCAUAGACCUCACCACUCUUUCAGGAGAUGACACUCCUUCAAAUGUUCAAAGACUGUGUUUUAAAGCAAAGCAUCCUAUCAGAGAAGAUCUGCUCAAAGCCUUGGACAUGCAUGAUAAGGGCAUUACUGUUGGGGCGGUUUGUGUAUAUCCUGCAAGAGUCACCGAUGCUGUUAAUACCCUAAAGGCUGCUGGUUGUAACAUACCAGUAGCUUCAGUGGCUGCUGGGUUUCCAUCUGGACAAACUCCUCUAGAAACCAAACUGGCUGAAAUAAAGCUGGCUGUGGAAUAUGGUGCCAGAGAGAUUGACAUUGUCAUUAGCAGGAGUCUUGUGCUGACUGGCCAGUGGGAAGGUCUCUACGAGGAGAUACGUCAGUGCCGUAAGGCCUGUGGAGAAGCUCAUAUGAAAACAAUCUUGGCAACAGGUGAAUUGGGGUCCCUUGCUAAUGUCUACAAAGCCAGUAUGAUUGCUAUGAUGGCAGGUUCUGAUUUUAUAAAGACAUCUACAGGAAAGGAGGUGGAAAAUGCAACAUUUCCGGUUGGAAUAGUCAUGAUGCGAGCCAUUAAAGAAUACUAUUGGCAAACUGGCAUCAAGGUUGGAUUUAAACCUGCUGGGGGCAUUCGGACAGCAAAAGAAGCUAUUACUUGGCUUAUGCUGGUGAAGGACGAGCUGGGAGUGGAAUGGCUGACACCAGAGCUCUUUCGCCUUGGUGCCAGUAGUUUGCUGGGAGACAUUGAGCAACAGAUUUUCUAUCAUGUGACUGGCUCUUAUCCACUUCAGCAUGAACUGGCAAUGGCUUAGACACAAAAUCAGCUCAGGAUUACUUUCACAAAAGAGGUCUUUAAGCAAACAGCAUUCGAAAGUCUUCUGACAACCAAGUGCAUAUGAUGGAAUGAAAGGCCUAAUUCUCCCUUCUUCAUAUUUUAUAGUAUUUAAAAAUAUGC